AUGAAGAAUAUUUUAAUUAUUUUGACUGUCGCGACGGUCGCUUGCGGUGUUCAAUACAAUGGAUUGAGAGUGAAAUUCGGAUGGUCAGACGCAUUAAUCGACAAAGAGUAUUUCUACAACAUCCCCCGGACAAUACAGCAAGCGGAGAAAGGGGGUUGGCGUAGGACCGAGAGACCACCAGGUCCUUUACCAGAGCUGAGGCUGUACUGUCCUCAGGGCAGAUAUGUGUGUCCGCUCUUCGACACCGCCGGCUUCGUUGCGGGCUUGCAAAUUGCUCUUCCUACCGACGAGUUCGAUUCUCCAACAAUCAAACCUGAAAAGAGAUUGGUGAAAUGGCGAGUCCCAGCAUCAGAUGUUGGGCCAGCCAGAGACUACUGGACUGCAACUCUUUAUUAUGUAUCUGAAGAAUCUCUUAAGGCCGGUGCUGGACCUACAGUUGAAAAUGGUGCUACUUUACAAGACGGUGGUGUCUGGGUUAGCGAUCUCGAAGGACAACUCAUUAGGAUCCCGAGCACUGAAGCCGAACUGAAUACUACCUUAUUCAAGAAACAAAACUGCAUUCCCAACAUGGGUACCCACUACCACUGGAAUAUGACCCGGGAGAAGAGCUGCGAUGCAAUAUUGCCAUGGUUCGCCCUGACUAGCAACGCGGAUCUCAUCGGUGUUGGUUUCCAAUUCUUCGGAUCACUUGCUCCCACGCCACCUGGCAAACGUGACUGGUUCGAACGGUACUCCAGCAAGAAUCCUGAUUCUUACAAGACUGUGAUCCCAUUCGCCCCGGAUUGUUUCCUAAACUACGCAUCGAAGUACGAAGCUAUCGGUCUCCAUGUCUACUUCAUUGAUGACCCCUGGAACAUUAAAUGCGAGCCCGGAGACUCCAUACAACCAGCAGCGGUCAUGGAACGAGUAAAACUCAAUGGUUACAGAUAUGCAAACAAAAUGUACGAUGAAAUCAAGAGCAUUUUCACAUGA